AUGGAUCCGAGAAACCUGACCAUUGUUGGGUUGGACAUAGAGUGGAGGCCUGAUGUGAUCCGGUGGAUGAGCAGCAAGACCGCCACCCUGCAGCUCUGCAUUGACAAGAGAUGCCCGAUCGUUCAACUAUUCUACAUCGAGUACGCUCCUGAACUGCUGAAGGACCUCGGUGGAAGCCCUGACUUCACUUUCAUUGGGGUGGAGGUCGAUGGCGACGUGGACAAGCUCAGAGUUGAGUACGGCCUGGAGUGCGCAAAGCAUGCAGAUGUUCAGGAACUGGCGAAGCUGCGUUGGCCAGGGAGGUUUCGUAAGCCGGGCUUGAAGGAUCUAGGGCUUGAGGUGGUGGGUCUUGUCAUGGACAAGCCCAAGCAUGUUAGCAUGAGUAACUGGGAGGCGAGGGUGCUCAAUGUGAACCAAGUGGAAUAUGCUUGUAUUGAUGAAUAUGCUUCAUACGAGCUUGGCGUUUCACUUCUCUAA